AUGCUCGGCGGCAUGCUCGCGGGGACCAGUGAGGCGCCCGGGGAGUAUUUCUUCCGCGACGGCCUUCGGUUGAAAAUCUACCGUGGAAUGGGCAGCGUGGAGGCGAUGAAUCAGGGUAAGGAGGCAGCGAAACGAUAUCUAUCGGAGAAUGAAAAGGUGCAGGUCGCGCAAGGGGUGCUCGGGAAUGUCGUGGAUAAAGGGUCGGUCUUCGAGCUGCUCAGUUAUAUCACGCAGGGACUGCAGCAGUCCGCGCAGGAUAUCGGCGAGUUGAGCUUUGACGCGAUUCGUGAGAAGAUGAAUGAGGGGCAGGUAUUGUUUAACCGUCGCUCCGUCAUCGCGCAAAAUGAGGGAGGGGUGCAUUCCCUACAUAGUUAUGAAAAGAAGCUGUUUACCUCGAAAAUCUAG